AUGGCAAGAGCAUGCGAAGACAGGCUCCAAUGUAAGCACUGUCCAAUGAGAUUUGGCAGUUACAAGUCCACCCGACAGCACGAGCGGAGGGCACACCCGGUGGAAUACGCCGGUGAGAUCGAGAAGAUGCGCGGUCCUCUGCCAGAACCAGAGAUCUUGCAGAUCAUGGCGAGGAUCGAAGCCCGUGAACCAGCCGGGCGAGUUAAUAAGUGCAUGGCUGAAGCCACAGAUCUCACCGUUGACCAGGUGCGGUUCAGGAGGAGGAAGCCCGAGUAUCAGAGAUAUCUCGAGCUCGCCCGGAAGCAAUUCCGGGCCUCUGGUACUCGGAUUUUACCAGCAAAAUCUUCUUCCCCCGCCGCAUCUACUAGCGGAUCCUCCGUGGUGUGCCAGACGCCCGUGCCCGAGGGAAAGGACAAACUUAAACAACCAGCCUCCUGCGAAAACGAGCCUCUUUCGCAGGACAUGGAGUCUCCUCUGCUUCAGAAGGUAUCAGCAAGGCAGAAGCGGAUGAGGGAGAGUUGCUCACCGCACGACCUCAACCCCGCCAAGAGGAAGACGGCUGAUAGGGACCGAUGUCGGCAGGAAUACGAGCUCUAUUAG